CCAAGAAGUCGAGAGCGGGUAAAAAGUUUUCAUGGCAGGCCCCGGGAGGACUCCGGCCCGCAGGCGACCUCGCGCAGCGAGGACAACGGCUGGCCUCUCCGGGACUGGCCCUCCCGGCCGCCACGCAGCUGUUCCGGAGCGUCACACCCACGGAAACGCUUCGAAACUCGCGAUGUAACAUUCCAGCAGGCCGACCGCCCACGCGCCCAACUUCGCUUUCAGUUUUUGUCCCCGCCCAGGGGAGACGCCCCCAUACGCCCUAGCCAGCCUGGCCCAGGCCAAGUCCCCGCUUCAAGUGUCAUUUCUGGCCGUCUUUAUUCAGUGUAACCAACCUAGAAGGAAUUCCUCCUCUUUUAAGAGCUAGGUUAAUGCGGACGCCAGCAAUGAAUCGCACUUAACCCUAAGCAAUUGAAUUAACCACCUAGCUAGCUACCCAACUCAGCAACCUUCCGCGCCUCCUCCGCGCGCCACGCCCCAGCCUUUCCCCACCUCGCUUAGACGUCUGUGUUGCUCAUUGGUCAUCUGCGCUGCCAAUCCGAUGGACGUCGACGAAUCCCGUUUUAGGAAGGGCAAAAAUCGCCAAACAGAGCAUACACCUGGCGGCGGGUACGCGAGCCUAACGCCCCCAAGCGGCUGGACGCGCAAGGAGUCACCUCAUUUGCAUAACGGCUGCCUCUCUGUUUCUAAGCUCGGGCUGGGGCUCCGCCCCUCACCCAACUAGAUAUCUGUUGGACCGCUGGCCGAUCACUCCGACUCAGGCAAGCCUGUGGCGGGGCUGGUAGAGUUUGUACGGGCGGUCCUGGGAGCGGAUUGGUUCAGGGAGUUUUCAGAAGGCGGUAGGGAGGCGGCUAUAAAUGAGGGGAACGGAGCCGGGGAGUGUAGAGACGCCGGUCGCGCUCACGGGGAGUUGUGCGAGACGACCGUUAGUUGACGCCACGAGUUGCCUUUCCCUGGUUUUCUAGGCUUAACGUCGUUUGCCUGUCUUUCAGCUAGGAUGUCUGCCCGCGGCCCAGCUAUCGGCAUCGACCUGGGCACCACCUACUCGUGUGUGGGGGUCUUCCAACAUGGCAAGGUGGAGAUCAUUGCCAAUGACCAGGGCAACCGCACCACCCCCAGUUACGUGGCCUUCACCGACACCGAGCGUCUCAUCGGCGACGCCGCCAAGAACCAGGUGGCCAUGAAUCCCACCAACACCAUCUUCGAUGCCAAGAGGCUGAUCGGACGGAAGUUCGAGGACGCCACGGUACAGUCGGACAUGAAGCACUGGCCGUUCAGGGUGGUGAGCGAGGGAGGGAAGCCCAAAGUGCAGGUGGAGUACAAGGGCGAGAUGAAGACCUUCUUCCCGGAGGAGAUCUCCUCCAUGGUCCUCACUAAGAUGAAGGAGAUCGCCGAAGCCUACCUGGGGGGCAAGGUGCAGAGCGCGGUCAUCACGGUCCCAGCCUAUUUCAACGACUCGCAGCGACAGGCCACCAAGGACGCGGGCACCAUCACCGGCCUCAACGUGCUGCGCAUCAUCAACGAGCCCACGGCAGCGGCCAUCGCCUACGGCCUGGACAAGAAAGGUUGCGCGGGCGGCGAGAAGAACGUGCUCAUCUUUGACCUGGGCGGCGGCACCUUCGACGUGUCCAUCCUUACUAUCGAGGACGGCAUCUUCGAGGUCAAGUCCACAGCCGGCGAUACCCACCUGGGUGGCGAAGACUUCGACAACCGCAUGGUCAGCCACCUGGCCGAGGAAUUCAAGCGCAAGCACAAGAAGGACAUUGGGCCCAACAAGCGCGCGGUGCGGCGGCUGCGCACCGCCUGCGAGCGCGCCAAGCGCACCCUGAGCUCAUCCACGCAGGCCAGCAUUGAGAUCGACUCGCUCUACGAGGGCGUGGACUUCUACACGUCCAUCACCCGCGCCCGCUUCGAGGAGCUCAACGCCGACCUCUUCCGCGGGACCCUGGAGCCGGUGGAGAAGGCCCUGCGCGACGCCAAGCUGGACAAGGGCCAGAUCCAGGAAAUCGUGCUGGUGGGCGGCUCCACCCGCAUCCCCAAGAUCCAGAAGCUGCUGCAGGACUUCUUCAACGGCAAGGAGCUGAACAAGAGCAUCAACCCCGACGAGGCGGUGGCCUAUGGUGCGGCGGUGCAGGCGGCCAUCCUCAUCGGGGACAAGUCCGAGAAUGUGCAGGACCUGCUGCUGCUCGACGUAACUCCGCUGUCGCUGGGCAUCGAAACGGCCGGCGGUGUCAUGACCCCACUCAUCAAGAGGAACACCACGAUCCCCACCAAGCAGACGCAGACCUUUACCACCUACUCGGACAACCAGAGCAGCGUGCUGGUGCAGGUGUACGAGGGCGAACGGGCCAUGACCAAGGACAAUAACCUGCUGGGCAAGUUCGACCUGACCGGGAUUCCUCCUGCACCCCGCGGAGUCCCUCAAAUCGAGGUCACCUUCGACAUCGAUGCCAACGGCAUCCUCAACGUGACCGCCGCUGACAAGAGCACCGGUAAAGAAAACAAAAUUACCAUCACCAACGACAAGGGUCGUCUGAGCAAGGACGACAUUGACCGGAUGGUGCAGGAGGCGGAGAGAUACAAGUCUGAAGACGAAGCUAAUCGCGACCGGGUCGCAGCCAAAAACGCGGUGGAGUCCUAUACUUACAACAUCAAGCAGACCGUAGAGGACGAGAAACUAAGGGGCAAGAUUAGCGAGCAGGACAAAAACAAGAUCCUCGACAAGUGUCAGGAGGUGAUCAACUGGCUCGACCGAAACCAGAUGGCAGAGAAAGACGAGUACGAACACAAGCAGAAAGAGCUCGAAAGAGUGUGCAACCCCAUCAUCAGCAAACUUUACCAAGGCGGUCCUGGCGGCGGCGGUUCCGGAGCCUCCGGGGGACCCACCAUCGAGGAAGUGGACUAAGCCUGCACUGAGUCAGCGUAAAGCUCUUCUCCUUUCUCUUUUUUUCCCCUUUUGUUUUGGUUUCUUCUUUGAACUGUCCUCGUGCCAAGUUUGAGAUCUAUUGUGAGAAGUCUUUAGCCUGAUGUAUGCCUAUGAAAGGAAAGGUGCAACAUAUUAGUUCUUAAAGUUUUGUAAUUAUAAAAGGUUAGUUCUAAAAUUUGAUUUAAAACAUAUUUGAGAUUUCUCUUUAAUACAUUUUGAGUGCUGAUUUGAGCAUUUUUUGAUUAGCUUAGUUUGUGCAUGGAGAUUUGUUUGAGAUGGGAAACUUGCCAUUUGCACGCCUGUCCUAAGGAAACUUGGUUACAAGAUAUGUACAAGCUUAAAUUGUUUAUUUUUAUGUACUACUUUAAGACUAAACUUACAGUAAUCUUAAGGACAGGUAUAUUUCUGCAAAUAUGCAUAAAUGCAAACUUUAAAGUAAAGUUGAACUUGAUCUCAAAA